AGUUGAGGUUAUGUUUCGCGCCAAAAACGAAGCGUUCAAUAUUAAUGCAUCAACAUAAAAAGAAAAAUGUCGAAGAAAAGGGCAAGUACGCAAGGAAACACCUUACUUAAUUACUUCCAAUCGCCUAAAUCAAAACCGAGGUUAGGAUCCUCAUCGAACUCGGAGAGUGAAUCGAAAAAUGAAACUCCCAAAAAAGCUCCAAUAAUCGAAGUUGACAGUGAAAUGAAAAAUGAAGUAUUAAGCGAUGACGAUGAAGAUAUAAUAAAAUCCUCGCAAUCACGAAAACGCAUCCGAGCUUUCAGUGAUAGCGACUCAGACAACGAAAACUCUAAAUCAGUUUUGAAUGUAUUAAAAACAUCACGGAAAGAUAAAAAAUUAAAAUUAGAAUCAUCUCCAUCCCCGCCACAAAAAAAAGUGGAAACUUCAAUCUCCCCCGUUGAAAAGCAUAGAUGGACCCACGAAAAAUUAGACUUUUUAAAACCGGAAAACAUCCGAGAUAAGAACAAAAAGAAACUUGGCGAUCCUAAUUAUGACCCAAAAACUUUAUACGUCCCUGAAAAUUAUUUAAACUCAAUAACACCGGCUAUGCGACAAUGGUGGGAAAUAAAAAGUGAACACACGGAUUGCGUUAUUUUUUUUAAAGUUGGGAAAUUUUACGAAUUAUAUCACAUGGAUGCGACAGUUGGGGUUAACAACUUAGGAUUUUCAUAUAUGAAAGGGGAAUUUGCGCAUUCGGGGUUCCCCGAAAUUGCUUACGGUCGAAUGGCUUCGUCGUUAAUCGAACAAGGAUUUAAAGUGCUUCGAGUAGAACAAACGGAAACGCCGGAAAUGAUGGCGGAUCGUUGUAAAGGGCGAAAAGUUACAAAAUUUGAUAAAGUUGUUCGGCGCGAAGUUUGCCAAAUUUCUUCGAGGGGAGCCACAGUUUAUGGAGCCCAAUUAUCCGAUGCUAAAAAUCCGUUACCUUGCUAUAUGAUCUCAAUAGCUGAAAAGCAAAUUGCGGGUUUCUCAAGUCGAUAUGGAGUAUGUUUCGUUGACACAUCAAUUGGAAUUUUUAAUUUAUCCGAAUUUAUUGAUGACAAGCAUUGUUCGAAGUUGUUGGUUUUACUUGCGCAAAAUCCCCCGGGAUUAAUAUUAACGGAAAGUGGACAUUCCUCAUUAGAAACAAACGAUAUUUUAAAACGUCGAUUUGGAAAUGUUCGCCGCGAAACUUUAAAAUCUCAAUCACAAUUUUAUUCGGGAUCAACAACUUUGGAGAAGUUACAUUUUGGCUCAUACUUUAAAAGCGGAGAUGGUGAUUUUCAUUGGCCCAAUACUCUAAAGGGGUUAAUAUCGAAUGGAGCGCCUAAACCGGAAUAUGAAUUGUGCUUAAAAGCUUUGGGUGGUUGCCUUUGGUACCUAAAAGAUUCACAAAUUGAUGCCCAAUUAUUGAGCAUUGGUAAAUUUAAUAUGUACGAACCACUAAUUGGAAGUGGUGUGGUGAAUCAGCAAGAAUAUAUGGUUCUUGAUUCGGUUACUAUUGAUAAUUUAAAACUUCUUGGUGGGAAAGGAACUUUGCAAGGAACUUUGGAUUUAUGCUCAACCCCGUUUGGGAAGAGGUUACUUCAACAGUGGAUUUGUAGACCGUUAUGCAAUGUUGAGAUAAUAGAAAAGCGUCAAGAAGCUGUUUCAGAGUUGCUAAAUAAUUCAGAAUUAUUACACAACACUCGGGGUGUUUUAAAAAAACUUCCUGAUUUAGAACGACAAGUUGCAAAAAUCCAUACAUUUGGCAAUAAAUAUUGUGCAGAAAAUCAUCCCGAUUCAAGAGCUGUCCUUUAUGAAGCAAAAACUUACUCAAAACGAAAAAUUUUAGAUCUUUUAACCACACUAAGAGGAUUUGAGAAAGCACAAGAAAUUUCCCAAAUUUUUAAUGGUUGCCAAGCUAAAUUAUUAAAAAGCAUCACUCAACACCCUCCCGAAGGAAUGUUUAAUGAUUUAAGCGAAGAUUUAAAUUAUUUUAAGGAAGCCUUUGAUCACGUUGAAGCAGAAAAAGAGGGUCAAAUUUUACCACAAACCGGCGUAGAAGACGAUUACGAUAACAUCGAGGACGAAAUCAAAGAGAUAAAUCAAGAAAUUUCGAACUACUUAGAUUCGCAAAAGAAAAAAUUCGGAUCUCAACAAGUUUGUUAUUUCGGUUCGGAUAAAAAGCGCUAUCAAUUAGAAAUUCCGGAUAACAAAUGUCACAAAGUCACCGAUGAGUACCAAUUGGAAGGGACGAAAAAAGGGAAAAAUCCUGCGAAACGUUACUCAACUCCAACUACAAAAAUGUUACUUUCAAAAAUGAUGAAAGCGGAAUCGGAGCGUAACAAAAUUAUUCAAGAUUUAAAUCGAAGGGUGUUUCAUAAAUUCAGCGAUCGAUACGAUGGAUGGGAUCAAGUUACGCAAUGUUUAGCGAUUUUGGAUGUUUUAUGUUCGCUGGCCGAGUACGCAAGGGUUUUCUCACAAGAUAUUUGCCAACCGAAAAUUCUCCCCAUUUCUAAUAAUCCCCACAUUAAAAUCGAAACGGGUCGACACCCUUGUAUUCCAAACAUCGAUAACUUUGUUCCAAACACCACAGAACUUGGCACUAAAGAUCACCCAUCCGUUUUGUUAUUAACAGGUCCUAACAUGGGUGGAAAAUCCACUUUAAUGCGACAAGUGGCUUUAAUUAACAUCAUGGCACAAAUCGGAAGUUACAUACCUGCAGUCUCGUGCGAAUUAACCAUAACAGACCGAAUUUUCACUCGAUUAGGAGCACACGAUGACAUCAUAAAAGGCCAAUCAACGUUCUUAGUUGAAGCAACUGAAGCAUCCGCGAUUCUUCAACACGCAACUCGUCAAUCUUUAGUUCUCAUCGAUGAAUUGGGCCGAGGGACAUCAACGCACGACGGAAACGCGAUCGCCACAUCUUAUCUGCAAAAAUUAACGGACGUUAAAUGCCGCGUUAUGUACUCAACGCAUUAUCAUAAUCUCGUCGAUCAUUUCGAAGGGCACGGUGAUGUCCAAUUGGGGCAUAUGGAGUGUUUGGUGGAGAACGAGGGUGACGAUGCGAAAGAAACGGUCGUGUUUCUGUAUCAAAUGGCGAGGGGGGUUUGCCCGAAAUCGUAUGGAUUUAACGUGGCUAAAUUAGCCGGAUUACCUCAAUCUAUUAUUAGUAGAAGCAGGGAGCUUGCUCGCGAACUUGAAAGUUUAACCAAAACGAGAGAGUUGAUGAAAAAUGUUUUUAUGUGUGAUGAUGUUCUUAAAAUUAGGGAGUUAUUGAUCUGAAUGUUACCAUGAAUCUUCAUUUUAAAUAGUAUUAAGAUCUUGUUUUUGUGUUAAAAAUAAAGAAAAUUAAAUAUUU